GAACAACCGGGCAUAUCCUCCAAACAAACCCCCAGCCAUUGCGGCCUCAAACCACAUCACAGCAACCCGCAAAACACAAAAGGAGCACCUCUCCAGCAGCACUCCGAACAAAUGGCCCUCCUCCGACACACCGUGCGCGCGGUGCGAUGCGCCCGCAAGCCGCUCCCUAUCACCGCGCGAAGCCUCUCCAUGACGUCCCGACGACAAGGCGGCCACGGCAACGAGUCACAGUUCGAGCCCCCCUCGGGAUGGCUCUGGGGCAUCAAGCCCGGCGAGAAGCCUGAGCCUGAGGGAUGGGAGUGGCCGAUGUACCUGUUUGGCGCCAGCCUGUUGGUUGCGGGUGUUGCUUUGGCUUUCAAGCCUGAUACCUCCGUCUCUACCUGGGCUCUUGAGGAGGCACGAAGGAGAUUAGAAGCCGAGGGCGUUCUGCCAGACCCCUCAAAUCAGGAGAAGAAGAACUAAGGAGUGUGGCUGGUUUGACGACGUGGGGGUAUUGAACGAGUCGGGUUCAUGUUCACAUAGAGGAGAGGAGGGGGGAAAUGGUAUAUCAGACUCGGGAAAGAGAGUGGGGUGGGAGCAUCGUUGGAAGUUGCCAACAUGUACAUGUUUACGGCAUUUUAUUUUCCUGGUUUUCUAUCGUUACAAAGACAUGGUCCCUCAAACGGCACGAAUAUUAGACUGGGUUGUUGGACAAAAUGAUUCAUGAUUGCACUGCCAAUGCUCAAUAUGUGACGGCAAACUUAUAAUACGCUAACCAAAUGGUUUCCCG